UGUCGUUUAUUCUGAGCAGCGGCGGAGGUUAGUGGCCACCUGGCGACCGAGCUCAGUAGCUAUUUCGAAACAGAGUUUAUACCUGAAGACAGGUGCAAUCCAUUUCAUGAUUCAUGAGAGAGUCACUUUUAACUGAAGCCAUCCCAUGAAUUGCACAAGUGUAAUACACAUCCUGAACCCCAGACCAUUACCCAGCUCCAUCAUGCCAGCAGAUAUUGCAGUAAGGAUUUGUCUUGCUCAUUCACCUCCUUUGAGCUUCCUAAGCUCCUUUGACAAUUGCAGGAGGAGAAAUCGAGUCAAUACGUUUAAACCACUUAGACCUUGCAUCUCUUUGAAAAGCUCCUCUGAAGAAAAAAGCACACAAUGGCAGGGCCCUAAGACCAAACCAAAGAAACAAGUGGUGUUUGCAGAUACAAAGGGUCUCUCACUUACUUCAGUGCAUGUGUUCUCCAAAUUUGAAGAAAAUCCUGUGUCAGACCUGCAGUUUGAUUUCACAGACUUGGAGGAUGCAACUGCUGGCCUAAAAUUUAAUGAAGAAAAAAGCCUGGUGUUGGAUUUUCCUCAGCCCUCAGCAGAUUACUUAGAGUUCAGAAAUCAUUUAAAGAAGAAUCUUGUUGCCCUUGAAAACUGCUCCCUCCAAGAACGCUCUCUUUCAGGUACUGUAAAAGUUAAGAACGUAAAUUUUGAAAAACAAGUCCUGGUCCGGAUAACCUUUGACACAUGGAAGACCUUCUCAGACAUCGAAUGUACUUUUAUGAACAAUAUUUACGGCUGUUCUGAUGUGGACACAUUUUCUUUUGCUAUUGAUCUGCCCAGUUUUAUCCCACCCCAUGAGAGGACUGAAUUCUGCAUUUGCUUCAAAACCAAUGAACAAACACAUUGGGACAACAAUGAGGGGCAAAACUUCAGACUUGUACAUACCGAGUGGAAAGCCGAUGGUAGUCAGGCUCCAGCAUCUACUAAUAAUGCAUCAUCUAAAGGAUACAGAAGUCAUGCUAAAACCCAGGAGGUCGAAUUUGAUCAGUUUGGGAGUCCAAGGACGUCCACGGGACUGUUCCCUGAAUGGCAGAGCUGGGGUAGAAUUGAGAGUAGUACACCGUAUUGGUGACUUACUUCUAGUCACUAAUUCAGCAUUAGGUACUGAAGAAAUACACUGAGAUAACUGUGCCAGCAGUGCAUUGGCUACCAGACAAAAACACACUUUAAAAUAUUUAAGUUGUUGUCUCUGGAAACAAUUUAAAGAACAUUUCUAUAAGUGGCCAGAAUUGCUGCAGAUAGAUAAAAGACUGAAUUACUUCAGACACCUAUGUGAUGAAUUGUUAUUUUAUUGUUUUGUUUCUGUACCAGAGAGGGACUGACUUGUCUGAACCAGCUGUUGAAAAUUAAGCUGCAAGAAUGGAGAAAAAAAUAUGCCUGAGAAACCAAAGCCAAAUUAAAUUGUAACAAUUAUGCAACAGCAAAUUAAAAAUAAUAUUGCAGAAAAGUUAAAUCGUAUAAAAAUGCUUAACUUUAAGUACGGAAUCACAAUCUAUUUAGAACUGUCUGCAUAAAUCAACAGUAAUUUAAAAAAAUGCCUGCAAAAUAUUUGUAGCAUUUGGGAAGAGGUAAAAUUCUUAUACACAGAAGCAAUACUAAGCGGUGUUUGCAAUUUAUUUUUACUGUAAUUCUGAUUAAGGUUAAGCAUUGCUUACAUAAUGCUAACAAAUGAAAAUGUACAGUAGAUUUUAUGUUCCUUAUACAUAUCUGACAAGUGAAAUCUAAUCAUUGUUGUUGGAAAACAGAGAUUAUUGUUCUCAUUUAAGCACCUUAGUAAGAAGAAAGUGCCUUUUACUGUUAAAAGUAUUUGGAUGCCUGACUGCCCCUACUAAAAUAAUUCUCACUGCACUUAUGCCUUCCGAUUAAGUUAUAUAUUUAUUUUAUUGUUAAAUUAAUGAGACAACCGUUGUUGAUGGGUAAUAUGUAAUGUGAAUCAACUGAGUUUCUGGACGUCUCUGAUUCAGUGGUAAUAAUUUUGCACUGUCUGAAAAGUACGCCUGUUAAAGUCCAUAGAUGUGAGUGACUGUUUUGAAUGGUUGAUUUAUAUUGUCCUUCAUAUUGAAGGUGAUUAAUUUUAGGGUACCAAAAAAACCAAUUUAGUACUACCAAGAAAAAUGGUCUUCUCCCAUUUUCUCACUGAAGAAAGCGAUUCAUUAGAAAGUGGCUUCAACGUUUGCAUGUCUUCAUUGGCCUGCCUUCUCUAUUACCGUAUAGUACAGUAAUGGCAAGUAAUAAACAACUGUGUUAUGAUAAUAUAUUUGCUGCUUUGUUGUUUUACUUGAUUGCUUGAACUCUCUGAAGCAGAUUUUUAUACAGUGAGUACCUUUUUAAAGUGAAAAUAGAUGAUUGAAUGUGAUUGAACGAUUGUGAGCUGUAAUGUCAAAAGGAAAAACGUGCAUUGAACAAA